AGAAAAAAAAAAAGCAGCGCAGCCAGUUGGGCAGUGGGGAGUUGUGCGAGGCAGUGUCAGAGGAGACAACAAUGGCGAACCCUAGGAGGGCUUCCAUUUCAUUAUCUUCUUCAAGCAAUCCCCAAAGCUUGGAGAGUCCAUUUCACAGUCAAUCCCAAGGCCAAACCCUUUCGCUAUCCUUUGAAUCGUUAUCGUUUCUGAAGAACUUUCUGAAGAACUUUCUGAAGAACUUUCUGAAGAAGCCUCACGCCUUCCCUUUCCUGCUCUCUGUUUUCCUCUUACUCACAUGGAUUUCUCUCAGAAUCCAGCACUCUUCUUCUCGCUUCUCAUUCCCCGAUUUCUCUCGCUUUCAACAUACUCCUGAUACAUGGAGCAAGGACGAUGAUUUCAAGGCUAACCUCGUUCGUUUCAAGCCUAGAUUUCCUUCUCGGAUUGCUAAAGACAACAGGGGAUGGCUACUCGAUCCUAUUUCUCUUGCGCUCGAUUCUGGCGUUCUUGGUGGAGCAGUGACCUGUGCUUCUGUUCAUAUUGGAGAAAUUAAACCUGGAGCUAUGAGGGGAAACCACAGGCACCAUACUUGUAAUGAAACAUUUGUCCUGUGGGGUGCUAGAACAAUAUUCAGAUUGGAGAACAGCGAGGUAGGUGAUAAGGGAUAUGCUGAAGUGAUAAUUGGUGCGGAUGAGGUUGCUGUUGCAGCAAGUCCAAGAGGAACAGCCCAUGCAUUGAUAAACAUGGAUCCUGCACGGUCUACAUGGUUUCUGGGUUGUCAAGAUGGUAUUAUAAACUACAACACUUCAACUUCUGAUUUUAAGGUCUGGAAAGAUCUUUAGUUUGCAACACUCUCUCUUAACUUGGGCCCUAUUUAGUUCUUGACAGGAAGUCCCUUUUAUUUCACUUCUCCUGUGGGAAUUUUUGCUAGGUGGUGGGGGAUAGCAUUGUAGUUUCAAAUCUAGGGAAUUUGUGAGCUGAUUGUCAUGAGAUGAGAUAAACUUUUACAUCUUUGUAUACAGGAUAGCUUUUAUAGUAUUAAGUACAGUACACUAAAGCACAAUGGUCCUCUCGAUCAUACAAGAUCAUACAAGUUAACCACAAAAUUACAUUACAAAUACUUAAAAGGUCAACUCAUUAUCACAAAAUAGGAUUACUGCAUCUCCAUUUUCUCCCAUCAUUAGCCUUAUAGCCCUCCUUAUUUUCCUCUUCCAGUAUCAUUUUCAUGUGGCUCCACUAGUAUUGGAGGGAGGGAGGGAGGGAGAGAGCUUGAGUGUGAAUGUCAAAUGAAGAAGGUGAACUAGCAGUGUCUUGUCUUGUCUGAGUUAUAAAUCUAUUUUGUUGUGAGAUCCAACAUCGAUUGAAGAGAGGAACAAGUGUCAGCGAGGAUGUUGGUCUCGAAGGGGAUAAAAUGUGAGAUCUUGGACAGUGUGCCAACGGACGCUGGGCUCCGAAAGAGGUGGAUUGUGAGAUCCCACAUUGGUUGGGGAGGAGAACAAAGUAUUUUUUAUAAAGGUGUAGAAAUCUCUCCCUAAUAGACGUGUUGUUUGGUAGAGAUGAGUUUGGACUGUUACAUUUGUUUUUUUUGUCUGUGACCCUAAUUUGUUAUAUUUCAAACAUUGUCCUUGAGCACGCUCUCAUAGCAAGGUGCGAGGUGCCUUACCUGAGCGUAGGUCCACGCCUUUUGUGGUUUUUUUUAAUAACAAAUUCUAUAUGUGUUUCAGUUGUAAACUUGAGAGAUCUUAUACAACUAUUCCAAUUCCGA